GUGUCAAUUGUCAUUAUAUUAAAAAAACUCGAGUCGAAAGGUGAAUGUUCAAAUUCGAUUUCUUGUAAUAAAUUAUUAACGCACGGCUAUUAAAAUGAGCUGACGUGGAUCUGAUUCAAAGCUGUUAACUUAUGCAUUCCAGUUUGUCUUAACUUAUAAGAACUACAAGUGAUACAAUGGCCGGUGCGCCAGUAAAGUUAGGUUCGAUUUUGUCCUUUUGCAUCGUGUGGUAUGCAGUUUUUUAUAGGAAAAAUGACUUAGGGGACGUAAGACUGUCGCCUGUGAAAGAGCACCUGCUGUAUUUGGAGAGUGGGAACAAAGUGGGCGCCGGUAAGCUUCAGCCGAGAGUUGCGCUGGGGUACGGCGCCUGUCACGAUCUCUUUGUGAAUGCGACUUCUCUAUUAAACCCGGAAGACUUGAAGGGAAAUCCUGAACAUUUCAAUGAGAUAUCGAGCAAAGAGGAAUUUUUAAAGAGUUUCACAUAUUUCUUCAAACACGGUGCAGCUGCUGAGAGGUUCAUGUCUAACAGCAAACUAUACGAUGAACUUGUGGAGGAAUCCUUGAAGUUACCAGACUCGAGGUGGGCAAUAGGGGGCAAUGCACCUCUAAUGGCAAAGAGAUUCUACAUGGAAGGCUGGAAAGUGCUACUUGGUGCCAAAAUGAGUAGCAAACUGAGAAAGUACAUUCCAAGUGACAUUCAAAUAGUUGGUAGCGAUGAUGAAGACAUGCGUGACGAUGUACAUAUGAUUUUAGAGUACAAAGCAGACGAAAAGUUUGGUCCAUACAAGUCUCCAAGAGCCAAUAGAUAUAUUAUGCAUAAUGAUGAAAAUAAUCCAUUGCUAACGUCUUUGGAGAAGUUUGGGGAAUAUUUGCCUAAAUUUGAUCCUAACUUACUAGUCAUUAGUGGGUUGCAAAUGAUGGACAACUUCCCCUUUAAGCAAGAAGGCAGAGACCUAAGGGAAGAAAGAUUGGAUCUAGUUAAGAAACAAAUUCUAUCACAACCGCUAAAUACGCUGUCUCAUUUCGAGAUGGCAAGUUAUGUAGAUUUAGAACUACUUUUACAUCUGACGACAAAAAUUUUACCCUACGUCGAUUCUGUUGGUAUGAACGAACAGGAGCUUUCAAAUCUUAAUAGUGUAUUAGAGUAUGGGAAAGUAAUAGUUGUUGCUGAUUCAAAUCCAAGAGUGGCCACAGCAUUGGACCAAUUACGCAAAACAUUCCAGAUGAUAAGACAGAAGAAUAAAGAGUAUAACAGUAAGAGAAAAUUAACACGUAUACAUGUACACACAUUAGCUUACCAAGCUAUUUUAACAGUUAAAGGCUCAGAAUGGAAAAGAACUAAGGCAGCCGCAGCCAAAGCUUCAUUAACUGCACAUAGAUAUGUCUGCAACACUCAAAAUAUUGCAUUAGACAAGUGCAAACUGUUAUUAGAUGACAGUUUCUCAACGACAACUGAUGAUAAUAACAAUAGUCGGGUCUUUUUCGAGCCUACCAAACCUGUAGCAUGUUGGGAAGAAGUCCUGGAUAAUGAUGAAGUAGAAAUCUGUAUAGCACCAGUACUAAUCUGUACCGAAGCUCAACUAACAGCAGGUGCUGGAGAUAACAUUUCUGCUGCAGGUUUAGUUUUACAAGUAGAAAAAUAAUCUAAGUCAAUUUAAUUAAUUUUACUGUGGGUGGAUCAAACGUUCUUUUUACUAUGGGGACAAAGUUUUGAGCAAUUUAGUUAUAGGGUGUUUUGCUUAUACAAUGGUAACUAGUUAUCUAUUAUUAUUUAUUAUCAUUUAUUUAAAAUAAUUUGUUUAGUGAAUAACACAAUUUUAUUAGAAAAUAUGACUAGAAAUAGAAUACUAUAUAUUUAUAAGUAUACCUUCUGCAGUACACACUCUAAAAGUACAUAUUGAAAGUUGAAAAAGACUGCCCAGUAUAAUCUUAAAAUCCUGAAAACGAAUUUUUAUAUGCUUUUUAUAUUGUUAAUGCAUGCUUACAAACUACACAUUAUGUUUUACCCUUAUCUCCAUCAAAAAUUGUGAGUUGCUCAGGCUUCGAUUUUUGAAGGACUGUUUUUUGAUGUCCCAUGUUUUUUGUCAGUUGUCUACAGCUAUAUUAUAAUACAUAUAAUAUACAUAUAAUUAUACAGUAGGUAGGGACAAUGCCCAUAUAAUAAAUGGAAACACUUAAAAUUAAAUGUGGGAACCAGCGUAGAGAAAAG